CGUGUUGUGAGUGUAUUCAGUCAGUAAACAAUUGAGCCAUGAGAUAAAUAGUAGCCGAAUUGAUCGAUUUGUGUCCCUAAUAUCUUAUCACCAAGUUGAGGUACUGUACCAGCUCAGUCUGCACUAUGCCAGAUCAUGAUCCCGAGACGGAGAGAUGCCGGCGUACAGCCAAGGUUAGACAGUUCCUGGCAGCAUUUGUAGCGAGUUUGUUGGGCUUCACUUCUGGAUCUGUUACGGGAUGGAUGUCACCCAUGCAACCCUUGCUGAUGUCUCCAGAUCCGCCUGUCGGUACCGACCCCAUGACAGAGGACAACAUCGCUUGGCUCGGCUCCAUAAACUUUGUUGGCACAGUCCUCGGCUCUUUCUUCUGGGGCAUCGUAGCUGACAGCUGGGGCAGAAAGAAGACUGCGUGUUUAGUCGCCAUACCCUUCAUUCUGCACUGGAUAUUAACGAUGGUUGCCAAGAAUUUCUAUUGGCUGAUAGUAGCGAGACUUAUUGCCGGUAUCGGGAACAAUGGUGCUGUGGCGUCUGUACCAGCUUUCAUUUCCGAAAUGGCACAAGACGAUCUCCGUGGCUUUUUUGGAUCAUUUUAUAUGAUGUUUGUAAAUUUUGGAAUUAUGUAUUCCUAUGUUCUAGGAACGUAUUUACACUAUUAUUGGUUGUCCAUUGCGUGCAUUGUUAUUCCGUUAUUCUUUUUGCUGACAUUUAUUUGGAUACCUGAAACCCCGAUGUUCCUCUUGAAAAAUGGACAAAGUGUCGAGGCUGAAAAGUCACUUUUCUGGUAUAGAGGAGGAGAUGCAGCCGAAACGGAGAAGGUAUUUUCAAGUUACAAACUCGAAACUAGUACUAAAAAUAAUAAAUUGUCUGUUAUGUCGUUAUUUGCUACUAGAGGCACCACAAAGGCUUUCAUUCUUGGAAUCGCUCUGGUGAUUUCCUUACAAACCUGUGGAAUCAUGCCAAUUUUGAGCUUCGCUGUCAGUAUAUUUGAGAUGUGUGGGACAUCUCUAACUCCUUACCAUUCUUCUUUGAUAAUGGGUUCAAUGCAAGUAGUGUUUACUUGUUAUUCCUCAUUUCUAGUCGACAGGUUAGGAAGAAAGUUCUUGUUGGUGACUUCUAUGAUGGUCAUGGCCGUUUCCUUAGCAGUGUUAGGAACAUAUCUUUUCUUUUUACACGGCCAGUCUGUAGACUCGGUGUUCAGGUGGACACCUGUUGUUUCUCUGUCUGUGUGUGUAAGUGCGUAUGCUAUCGGCGUGGCCCCAAUUCCUUUUAUAAUCAUAGGAGAGAUAUUUCCGACAAACAUAAAAGGUUAUGCAAUCGCCAAACUUCUAUUAGUUUUAGGUGCGUCAGCUUUUGCUAUAGUAAAAUGUUUUCCCAUAAUGAAAUCUUUAUUGAAGCCACAUGGGUUAUUCUGGUUUUACGCUGUUUUCUCUUUAUUAUUUUCAAUAUUCUUUUAUUGCUAUCUCCCUGAAACAAAAGGUAAGCCUUUAAGUGAAAUUUUGAGAAUAUUGAAUAAAAGUAACUCGACUGAAGACCACCCUGCUGAAGACAGGAAAAGUACUGAACACAUACCACUAAGCUAGAAGUAUGUUUAUUCUUUACGUAACAUUAUGGGAGAAUACCUUCCAAAUAAUAGUGAGUUUACGAAGUAUACACAAGUUUUAUGAAAAUAAUUCGUAAUGAUUGAGUAUAGACCGCAUUCAGUUGCUAACUUCUGAGUUUUUUUACUGUAUUUCCUUGCUGCCAUUAGUAACAUUGUUGCCUUAGCCUACCAAUCUCGUUUUGCAGUAAUUAAACUAUCCUUGCCUUAUACUUACACGUUUUAGUACCAUGUUUUGUGAUUUUGUGGCAUAUAAGCUUCAUGGUUAAAUAUACUGUGGCAAAAUAUUGUGUUCAAACCAUCUAUUGAUUUUCCAAAUGCUAUGGUAUUCAUUGUUGUUAAUAAUCGAUUCUUGUAGUAACUUUGGUGUCGUAAGUUCUCAAAAUUAACUACUGAGUGAAUGUUUUGUGUGUCUUAUAAUAACUUUGAAUGUAACUAAAAUUGCAGGGGUUGUAUAAAAUAAUUCAAACUUUAAUUAGCCGCCGAAUUAGAUAGAGUAACAUUAGAGACCUCUAGUUUAUGGAAUAAUUUUUCUUUUUUAAAUAAAUUUAAAAUACUAGGUGUUCAAAUUUAAAAUUGAUUUCCAUCCUGCAUCACUGACUGCUAUCCAUUUUACUGAUAUAUCCCAGAUUAAGCUUUAAGAGACACCGGCAAAUUCACCUCCAACUAGCAGCUGCGUAAUAAAUGUGGUGUAAAAAGCAGCUAGAGAACCCUCAUAUCUUGUAGAAUGCUACAUGUAUAUGAAAAGUCUUCCAAUUGUAGAAUUGGUAAUAAUUGAAACUCAUUCCAGCUCACCUUUUCACAAUCUCAACCUUCACUCAGAUUACUGCCUUCCCCACGUGGUUCGCUUAGUGCCACUAAAUAAAGCUAAGCGAACACCUCACGUGUAUCAGUAAAGUGAUCACUAUAGUACAAAAUUACCGCUCCGAAAUGUUUAGGAGUCAUAGUUUUUAUCUAAGGUUCCUAUUACAUCUGUGAAUGUUACCACAGGAACAUAUGUUGUGUCAAGGAGUUACAUUGUUUCUUACUAAGAUAUAGUUACCUAUAUUGUAGUUCUAAUCUUACAUUAGUGAUAUUAAAGUGUUAUUUUUUAUAUUAAAAAUUUACCGAAAGCGAUAUUAUUCAAUAAUAUAUAAAGCAAUUAAAUCAUCCUAUCUUUAAUUGACUACUCUGAUGUAGAUAAUGCCAUCAGUAGAGAGUCAUAUAACUGGAAAGACAGCUGAGUGACCCUGUUUCUAAAUGUAAUCAGCGCUUAGAAAGGUUUUGAUGGAGUGGAUUUUUUGUUACCUUGCAGUGAAUUUAAUUUGAAUACAAUUAUUUUUGUAUGCUCUCGUUUUGAAUUCCGUAACGGAGUGGUUAUAGAAAAGUUGCUGAUAAAGCAAAAUUUAAAUUUAUUUGCUUUAUAUAUGUACAAUCUCAGAGAGAUAACCUAAUGAAACAUAAAUAUAUGAUCCUUCUUAAUAGUUAAUACAAUAAGUUUGUAUGGAUAUACUAGGCAAACUCCAUCGUACUGUUAAGUUUGUAUAAAAUGUACAUAAUUAUUUGUAUAUGUGUGUUUAACUGGUGAUAUAAAUAUAGUAUAUUUAAA